UACCGUAGCUAGUAAAACAAAUUGCAUUCUACUGCUUUGAACAAAACACGAGAAGAGGCGGAGGCGCCGAAACGCUCAAGCACUUGAUCACCGAUCAACCACCAUGAGCACCACUCCCAGCUUUCAAGUGGGUGCUACGGUGCGUCUACCCCGUCCCGAGGUUCCCAAAUCCACCGGAAGAGCAACGAUCGCUACACUGCAAGGCGAUGACCAAACGGCGUGUGUCAUUUGGGAAUCUUUGGCUCCUGAGCCAAUCUCGUUCAAUGCUUCUACAUGUACUGUUGGAAAGCCCAAGCGACGGCUGAAGCGACCUUUUCUCGUGGCUCCUGUGAUGGACGGAAAAGACACUGACGAGACAGAAACCACGGUGGAACUAUCCGAGCUGCAGGCACUGUUGGAUUUUGAACUCACAACAGAAAAGCACUCUGACGAUGUGGCUGUGUGGAAAGAAAGAGGCGAUCAGCUGUUGCGACUGGGGGAUGCUUCGGCUGCUUGCAGCUACUACGAAGCUGCCUUGCGACUGAGUAGCAUCUUACAAGUGGGAUCCGCCAUUGUGAUGAAAGCAGGAGGACAUGCCAAGAUUGCCGAUGUGGAUUGCUUGGAUGAUGACGACGACGAAGAGGGCAUUGAGAUCUCCCUGGCAGAUGGACAAGAUUUGAAAAUAUCCGAGGCCGACAUUUAUCUCUGUAUUCUCUACAACGAUGACGAGGAACACCUCCAGGAGCGAAUUCUGCUCAACCUCACGAGAUGCAUGCUGCAACUCGCCGAGCUGGCCAAGCAUAUGACAUCGCGGCCACUUUAUUUCAAGAGUGCCGUCCUCGCCAGCACGUUGGCAUUGACCAUUGCCAACCAUCACAAGGAAGAAGAAGAAGACAACAACAACAACAACAAUUUGACAAGCUUGGAACAGACGGCUCUCUUGCUGCGGAGUCAGGCCCAAGGAGGUCUAGCCAAAUUCCAACAUGCCAUUGCCGACACGAAACGUUUGCUCCAGUAUGAUCCCAAUCACAAGCAAGCCAAGAAACAAUGGCAAAGUCUGCAAGGACAGCAACAGAAACAAAAGCAGGUGGAGAAGAAACUAGUCAAAUCCAUGUGUCAGUGGGUGCAGACUGCCACCGACGACGAUCCGAAGUUAUUGGGGUAACGACUAGCUUGUACUGAGUAGAUCCUACAGUUGCUUUGCCACCUGGUACUGCCCUCGGUCUCAUGGCAGUCUCUCCCAGGAGAACGAUGUUGCUAAGUACGAUUUUCUAAGUAGAUAUAGCUUUGGUAACGAAUUGAGGAGAGGUUGCUUCUUUAGUACGGUACCGGUAGAGCUAAACUUUGGAAUCAUAAUCUCUACUGUAUUUCCUAAUCAUGCAAUCUUUCCCGAUGAUACAGUGCCAAACUUGGACCGUUGCUUCCACUCAUGACGACAAUCUAGUUUGAGAAUUUGUCUGCGUUGUGUGGAUUGUUGCGUGCAUUUUGAGUUGUUGCACCUCGAUCACUUGAUCCUUUCCUGUAAGUUCCUUUAUUCCAUUAUUUAGUCAUCCUUUCCAACCUCAUUUUUGGUCUUGCUGUAUCUGUAUUCUUCUUGCACUCGAUAAGGCUCCGUCAGCAGCCAAUUCUUUUUCUUUUUCAGUUCUCUUUCGCAGCAUCGUUGGUAAUAGGCAAUUUGGAGUCGACACUGAUCCAAUGGAUUCUCGCCGGGUUUGGGAAGGUCCGGAUUGUCGGCGGCAGCACCGGAUGCCACCAAUUUGGCCGCAUUCUCAUCGGUUGGUUUCAUUUGUACAUCGGGAAAAUAGCUCUUUAAUAACCCAGCUUUUUCCAUGUCUCGGGCCUUCUCGGUAGCUUCAUUGGUCAAGCAAGCGAACAGCGUUUGGGCAUGCCGUUCGCAACCUUUGGGUUCCACGGGAAAAUACUGAGGCAAUUUUGUGGGUUCUCCCUCCGGUAGCUUUGGAGUGGAUAUUGCGUCGACUAUUCGUCCCCAAACCAUCUUUAUUUUCUACUUGGAUAAGAUUGGUAGAUAAU